CUAUAUUUCAUAUAUCGGGUAAUUGUCAAAAUGUAACAUACGAAAUUUAUAGUUCCAACAUGUCAAAAACGAAAAAGCAAUUGAACCUAAAGAAAUCCCAUGCUCCUCUGCCACCACCACCGUCGCCGCCUCAGCCUCCGGCAAGCAAGAUGAGUGUCCUGGAACUGCCGGAGGAUGUGGUGCGUCGCAUUUUUGAAUUCCUGCCCCAUCUGGUGGAUAGUGUACGGUUGGCCAGUGCAGCUGGCAAAUUCCGCAUGGCCUUUGAGUCCUGGGCUCGGGCUAAGCGACAUGUUCUGGAUAUAGAGCAAUUGGAGACAAUGCGAUUGCCGGAUUUAAUUGUCUUUUUCAGGCUGGCGGGUCCCUUUAUCCGAGUCCUCCAGGUGGACUGCGCCUCCUUCCAGAAGGAGUCCCUGCUCUCGGAGUUCAUAUCGGAGUAUUCGAAUCUAGAGGAGAUCAAUUACUCCAAUGUCAAUGAUGAGUUCCACUAUCGGACCAUUAUGUCGCGGAUGACGCACUUGAAGAGGAUCCACAUCGAAUGCAUGGACACCGAGGAUGUGUUGCACUUUGAUCUAGAGGCCAACCAGGAUCUGGAGUCCUUCGAACUGGUCAAUGGUUGUUACACAGGAAAACACCUUUGUGGUUUUCCCAAGCUCACGAAGCUGGUCCUGCGCGAUUGUCUGCUUUGGAACUCGGGGGAAUUUGGAAUACCCCUUAAGUCAUUGCGUAUCCUGGACCUCGACGACUGCUGCUUCGAGGUGAUGAGCCAGAGCCUCUACCAAAAGAUAGCCGAGUCCUGCACUAACCUGGAGGAGCUCAUAUUUUCCGGCGGCGACGCCAACUUUGAGGUGGUAGCCCAACUGCCCAACCUGCAGCGUUGCACUCUCAAGACCUGGAUAACCUCCAAUGAGCUGAACAUUGGAUUCCUCACGGUGCUGGCGGAGAAUCAUGGCAACAAGCUGACCCAUCUGCAUUUGUCCGGACAGUUUUUGAUCACCAAUGAGCACGCCCGCUGUUUGGGUCAGCUGAGCUCCCUUCAGGAAUUAAGGUUUACUAACAACGAUAUCCUGGAUGAUGAUCACUUCAAGUUCUUCAACGAUCUCAGCCAAUUGGAACGAUUCGGAAUGACAUGGUGUGCAUUGGCAGGGGGCACGGGUAUGAUGCGAUUGGUGCGAAAGUGCCCCAAGUUGAAGAUCCUGGACUUUCAGGACUGUGAACUGAUCACCGAGGAGUUCGUACUCAAUGCCAUCGGAUGCUGCUCCAAGGCACCGGGACGGAAUCUGGUGAUUAAUCUGAAGCGCAUUAAGAUCUCACAGAAUAUUUUAACGCAUCCUGAUUACCUCUCCCUUAACCAUGUCAAGGUUAAUUUUCUAAGAGAGUGAUUCUGGAUUCUGAAAACUAUAAGGAGUUUGCUAAGGAGUGGUUAUAUUAUUUUAAGUUUACUAACUCUAAACAAAAAAAUCUUUCCAUAACUGGCAAUAUUUGUAACAUUCAGUGGCCUCGAAUUCCUGAUAUUUCGCAGACAAUGGGAUUCUCUCUCUCUAUGGCCUGAGUCAUGGUUUGGUCGUCUGCCUGCCAUAAGGAAGUGGCCACCACCGAAGUGAUCAAUAUUUAUGAUCAUGCUCACAAUGCUCCAUUACAGCCGCGAUAAUUGCGGACAAGCGUGUGUGCUUUAAAGUACUUGGGAUUUUGUUUUUUUUUUUUGUUUUUGCAAGCAAAACAACAAACAAAAAAAUCGAAAUCAAAACAAUACGAUAUUCGAUAUAGUUCAGAAUCCGCAAUUCAAUUCGAUUCAAACGAUCGCCGGCAAUAAAUUUCGCAUUCAAUUGUUGCUCGAUUGGAAUUGAA